UAACAUUAACACAGAUUUAUAAAUACUGUAACAAAUAUAUAUUUUCAUUGUUAGUUAAUCCAUUACUAAUGUUAGUUGCACUUUCCAUUUUGUUGAAAUACUUUCAGACCUGGUAUACAAAAGUUGUAUACAGUUGUGUUUAUACAAUAAUAUAAGACAUGAUACCCUGAAAUCCAAGGCAAAUGUAAUUUUGACUCCACAGUGGCAAAUACAGUGAUUGGGAAAACUUCUUAUUUGCAGAGUUCUUCACUGCGAAACAUGACUGGUUACGUUGAAAGGCAAGUGUGCACAGGCAGAAGAUCAAAGGCUGAGGGGGUUUGGGCUGAGAGGUUCGACAGUUGUAGGAUGGGGGUGACAGACUACAGCCUGGUCUCCCGCCUUCCUGAAAACAAAGUUUACAUUCUUGCAAAGGGAUGAUAUGGAGCCUGGCCAAAUCUUACACUUGAUAAAUACAUCAAUAUCCUUCCAAAGCGAUGAUGAUGAUGAUGAUGAUGAUGUCUGGAUGGGGGAGGUUGACGAAACGCAGGGGCGUGACACGCACGCCUCGUUCUGAAGCUGCGCUCGCUCGCUCGCCUACGGGAGAAUGGGAGAGAGAGACACACAGAAGGGGAGGGAGGAGGAACUUGAAGGAAAAAAGUUAAAAUAAAAAUGGCUUCCUUGUCUUUGGAGUCCUCAGAACAAACUGAAAACGGCUCAAAGGAGUCCACGCAAGACGAAGCUAAAGUGAAAGAGGAGACGGAUCCAGAUCCGGAUCCGGACGAAGUUUCGGAACAACUGCUCCAAAGCUUCCAGAACUCGGCGCUCAGUUUUUCCACCGAUCAAGUCGCGUGUCUGUGCGAAGCGCUCCUGCAAGCGGGCAAUGUGGAUCGCCUGUGGAGAUUCCUCUCCACCAUCCCUCCUUCGGCAGAUCUGCUACGUGGCAACGAGACCCUGCUGAAGGCCCAGGCUCUGGUCGCUUUUCACCGGGAGGAAUUCAAAGAAUUGUACGCCAUCCUGGACAGUCACGACUUCCACCCGAGUAACCAUGGGUUCCUUCAAGACCUCUACUUGAAGGCGCGCUACAAGGAGGCUGAGAGGUCCCGGGGUCGCAGUCUGGGCGCCGUGGACAAAUAUCGCCUGCGCAAAAAGUUUCCUUUGCCCAAAACCAUUUGGGACGGAGAGGAGACGGUGUACUGCUUCAAGGAGAAGUCGCGCAACGCUCUGAAGGAAUGCUACAAGAUCAACAGGUAUCCCACUCCGGUCGAGAAGAAGAAUUUAGCCAAAGUGACCGGACUUUCUUUGACUCAAGUGAGCAACUGGUUCAAGAAUCGCCGACAGAGGGACCGGACCCCGUCCGGCACCAACAGCAAAAGUGAAUCUGAUGGGAACCAUAGCACAGAAGAUGAAGCCAGCAAAGGAGAUCUGGAGGAUAUUACUGACAAACCUGCUUCUCUAGAGACAGGCAGCUCCAAUGCUUCUCUCAUAUCCCUCACUAGUGCUCCUUGCAGUACUGGUCAGCUUAUUCUCAACAGCACCGGGGGAUUCCUCACAAGCUCUCAUCCACUGCUGCUCAAUGGGAGCCCUAUACUCUCAGGGGCAGGAACUGGAGUCAUCAUUAAUGGGUUGACACUGAGCGAUGGCCACACAGUCACUCUGAGUCCUGUUACAGCUAAUGCACCAUUGCUACUUAAUGGGGCUCAAGUAGUCUCCAAAGAUGAAAGAGGCAUCAUUGAUAUGGAGGCCCAAGGCAGCCUGCCCACUGUGGUUCUGAAUCCACAAGCCAAUCUAAACAGCACAAUACCCCUUUCUCUUAGCGAGGACGCCAAAACAGCCAGCAGCAAUGUUUCCCCGCUGGAUUUCAUCAGUUUUCCAGAAGCCUUGAAGAAUCCAGAUAUUAAUCAGUCAGGGCCUACAAACUCUAUGUCCUCGUCCACCAUCUCUACUUCUGUCAUCUCUUCCACGUCUCUUCCUUCGGUGAUACUGGCCCCAAAUCGUAUUUCUGCAUCAACAACUGGCUGUGUGAGUUCAGUAAUCUCCAGUCCUAUGGUGCCAAUACAGCCAACACAUCCACCGGAAAUUGUUGUAUUAGGAAAGGGUGACCCUCACUCACCAACUUGCAGCUCUAUCUCCAGCCCUCAGGUGCUGUCCUUACCCCAGGUGGUACCAUCGAUACAGGGCGUUCCAGUUUCUCAACUGAUGCAGCCUACAUCUGGGGCCACGGUGUCAUCUAGCCCCCAGCUUGUUCCAGUCUCCCCGGUCAAUCCACAAUUACCCCAAGUCCCCAUUUCUCAGUUUCAGACCCAGACCUUGCACAUUGGUCCAAGAUUUGCUCAAGCUCAGCAUCAAAAUGGAUCCACCACACUAAUCACCAGUAGUGCUUUAUCACUCCCCCAGAUGGCUGAUGGACAUGUUACACAAGUGCUUACACCUCAGCUAGGAGAUGACCCUACUUCAGCCACCCUUCAACAGAUACAGACCUCAAUGGGGACGCAAGUCAUUCCCAUCUCCUCCCCGACUCAAGUCGUUCCCAUAUCCCAACCCAAAGACUUAGGCCAACCUCAGCUGGUCCCCCUGUCACUGCCUCAACUUAUGCCUGUGACAUCUAUUGCGGGAACUCCAACUGGAACCCUUUCCUUCCCUCAGGUGGUCCCAGCAACACCAUCCCUUUCCAUCCCAUCCCCAGGAGGUGCUUUCCAGAUUUUGACAUCUGGAGCUGGAACAGGAUUGAGUGUUGCCCAGGGACCGAUACGCCUUAGCCCGAUAGGGCCUCCUCAGAGUGUCCCUACUGGAACCAUCCCGGGUGUUCAGCUUCUCAACUCUGGGGUGAUUCAGCUUCCGUCUGCCCCUCCAGGGAAUUUCCUCUUAGCAGGUGGCAUCGGGGGCAGUCCAAUCCUAAGUGUUCAAAACGGCAAACUCAUCCUUACUAUCCCAGCUGGCAUCCAGUUUGCCAGCAUGCCUGUCAAGUCCGUCCCAGACAUUGUUUCAAGCAACAGCACCUUUGAUCCUCAAACCUCAGCUGUACAUCCACUCGAGAGUCAACCAGCACCUUUACUCACGGCUCAAACUUUAAAUUCACUACAACCAUCUCCUUUGGGAUUUGUUGCGCCCUCUACACUUUACUGCAGCCCUGAGCCAGGGACCAUUGCCAACCCAACCCCAGGAGCCUCUCCGAACACCCCAGACUCAUCCAGCACUCCCACUCCUACAGGCAUCCUACAAUCCCAGCAGACCCUUAGCCCUGAGAGCAUGCUGCCACUCAGUCCAAUCUGUAGCGGUGUGGCAUCUGGGCCCAACCUUUCCCAGCCAGUCUGGAGCCCUGUCCCACUGUCUUCCUCUGCUGGUCUGACAUUAUUUGACAUACGUGGGAAAGGGGAUCUUCCAGAGGACCCCGCUUUGUUGGGCCUGCCAGGAGGAGAGUCCCUCCUGUUGGGCACUCCUCCCGGUGAGGACAUAGAGAGAGAUUCUCAGCUGGAUGAAGUGGAGGACAUGGACGGGGACUCGAAAAUUCUUACUCAACUGCAGUCUGUUCCUGUGGAUGAUGACCUGGGCUUGUAAUUACCAAUUCUACUGACAGCCUGCUAGAUGCAGUUCGUGUUAAAUCUCAGCCUUGAUAGAGUUGCAUUCAACCAUGUCCCUGAAGCGAGAGGAACUAUGAUUUACGAGUAGUGGAAGUAUUCAAUCUAAUAACUAAGAAAAGAACCUCUCUCAUAUAUCUUGAAUUCAUUUGUGAAAACAAUGUAUUAAGCAAGGGCAUGACUAGAGAUUUUAAUUUCAGUAGAGGUAAAGGCACUGCCAUUUGUCAGAGAUGACAUUUGUAUAACCAAUAUUCACCUCUAGAAAUUUAAGUUUGAGUUAGCCCUGAUUUUGAUGAAACAGAGCUUGUGGCUUGAUACAAGGGCUACCAUGGCUGGUUAAAAGGCACUAAUGUGUACAAGGCAAUCAAGAUUGUUUUAUCUGGGAGUGAAGAGCAUGCGGGAAUACCUUCUAUUGUGCCUUACAUUUUUGUUACUUCUCAUUUUUAUAGAUAAAAUGACUCUGAACAGAACUUUUAUCAUUUAAGCCUAAAAGUCAUAUUCAGUUUUCCUCCUAAAGACUAUGUAAUGGAGGUAAAUACAUCUUUAUGGCUAUCCUGGAGUGAAAUGGGUCUGAACAUGAGCUAGGCAUUGGGAGCUUUUACCACAAACCCCUGUACAGGUGGCUCAUAAAGAUCCAUAGAUGCACCGGCAGCACCCUGCACUGGGAGAAGGAAAUCCGAUAUAAUGGUUCAAUAACGCACAGCACUGGGUGGAACACACUAACCUUUAAAUGUGCCUGCCACAACUGCAUUGGAUAAACUACAUUCAACAGCUUGGUUCAGGUGCUGUUUUAAUUCCUUUUCUUUACCUUGGUGAAUGGAUGGUGCAUGUAUCAGAUUUGUGGAUGGCAAAAUGCGUGUGAUGGUCCUCAAUCACACAGAACAUGAAAUACAGGGGGAGGAGUUGGAUCCAGAUCCAACUCUUCCUAAUUUACAUAUACUAAU